AUGUCUGAACAACUAAGUCGAAAACUAAGUCAUAACAUUUUGCACACUCCUGAUUACAAUACUCAAAGAAAAAGUUUGUUGGAAAAGACUUACUCAACUGUAGAUAAUGAAACAAAGCUUAUUAAUGCAGUCGCCAGAGACGAUAUAGAAGAUGUUAGAAAAAUACUUAGAACGCCGAAUAUUUUAAUAAACGCUAUUAGAAAACCAGGUUGGUCAGCAAUUCAUCACGCAUGUAAAAACGGUAAUCAAGAAAUGGUUAAAUUAUUAUUAAAAAAUGGGGCAGACAUAAAUUUGUGUUCUGAAGAUAAAUUAUAUCCGCUUGAAAUAGCUUCAGUAGGAGGAAACUUUGAACUAUCUUCGUUUCUUAUUGAAAAUGGCGCUAAGUCUCAAAGCAUUAUUAACGGAAUGCGAAUAUAG